AUGGCAGCCGCUCCGAUGCAGGGUAUGCAUUCCAUGUGGUAUGACCACUAUCGGGGAGCAGUUUAUCCUCUAGACCUUGAUGGAACACCCAGUUAUAGGCAACCUAAACUAUAUGCUGCAUCAUUGCUAGAAACCUGUUGUGCUUACAUUGUUCGGGAUGCUAAUUUGACUCGCAUUGCAAUAGAAUCUGUGCCACCAAUAUUAUGUAUCCACAUGAUGGAGGCGGCAUUGAAGGGAAAUCAUGAUCGUUCCAUCCAAGCGCUGAUGUCCAGAUGGAUGCUCAAAUCUCUUGUUCUGUUCAAGCUUGUGCCAAGCGUGUUUUCCUCUCUUUUACCUCUGUAUGAACCCCUUUAUCAAUCGGAUAUAGUACGCCAAGGCCUUCGUUACACUACAUCUCUGGCUCACACAUUUCUGGAGUGCUUGAGACAGCAGUCAGCAACAAAACUUCGCCAUCUUGAUCUGACUGGCUUCCCUACAGCCGAAGUGAUUCUGUAUUACCUGACUUCACACUGCAUGCUGGUGCACAAUGAGAAUCGAAGGAACAACAUGGUGACAUUGUACAACCAGGCUGUGUCUUUGGCAGAAGAAUGUGCAGGAGCUGGAGGUGGAAAGAAUCAGCACAGCCCGUUGGAAAUUGACAUGCAGAACUGCUUACCUAGUGAUAUAUCUAUAGAAAUCAAGUUGGAUGCCUUUGUCACAUCAGAGUCCUGUCAUUCUGAGCUCUGUAAGGCAUUGACCGUUUCCAGCUUCCCGGGGGCCAGAUUCCGACUGAUUGUGGAAAAGUUGUGUAUCACAUGUCUGGGUGGAGAUAGAGUUAAUCUGCUGCUUAAACAGGUCACUGCAGAGCAGCUAAAAGGCCUUCAGUUAAAAUACAACUCUUUAAGGAACAUGGAUUUUGUCCGCAUGGCUCCUGUACUGCAGUCUUUCACCAGCCUCACAGCCCUCGAUUUGUCCUGCAACUACAUUAGCCUAUACGACAAUGAAUCUAUGGCAGUCAUUAUGAAACAGACAUUUUCCACAUUAUCGAAACUGGAGCGGUUAGAUCUCAGCAACAACCGGCUCAAGAACAAACUGUGCACAGUUCUGCUGGGGGUAACCCACCCACUGAAACACUUACGUCUGGCAGCUUGUGGUCUGACUGUGCUGGAUCUCACGGCACUAGCAAUGUUCCCUUACCUGGAGAGUCUAGAGGAGCUGGACCUCAGUGAAAACAAUUUAUCACCAUGUCACUUUCCUCUGAUUCCCAUUCUGGCCAAAGUCAGUGGUGCAAUCAGAAUCCUUGAAUUCCAGGAAUGUGGAAUCACAGAUGAAGUUAUGAACAUGCUCAGUUAUCACCUGACAUUUAUGCCAAGACUGACUUACUUGAACAUGGGUGGCAACGCCUGGUACUCGGAAACAACCCUUAAAUUAGCCUCACAGGUGUCAAAGUUAUCCGGGUUGCGUGUGUUUAAACUUUCUUAUCCUCUGGACUGUUAUUUCCUUGGAAUGGAUGAAGAUAAGACUCUGGAGACUGAAGCCAAGAAUGCUUUCAGGACUUCCCUGCACACAGCGCUUGAAAAUGCCAUGACAGACGGGCAGCAGAAUGAGCAGUUAAAAGUGGUCUUAGAUGAAAUCAACAGGGCAGCUGAGUAA